GAGGACCUUAUCGCAAGGGCGCGCUGAAGGACCAUGAUGGCCGCCGUGCGGCAACGCAUGACCCCCUAUCGCGCGAGUCGGCCUGAAAUCAACGCGUUCAGACACAUCGUCUCCAUCUAACUUGCGGCAUCACAGCCUGUCUCCUGCUUCAUCACGAGCGGCCAGCUGGAUCCAAAAUCAAACGACGACCCUUUGGGACUCGGCGGCCCAGAGAAUCAAAUUGCAAUCACUUUGAUGCCGCCUGCUCAUGUACGUACAAGCCUGCCCCACGCUCAAUCAACCCAACGCCGCGCGAACACGGGAAGCGGCACGGGCAGCUUUUAGAGCAACACUGCCACCGCCCGUUGCGCCACGGGCUGAUGACAUGGCCAAUCACAUAAACUCAGAGCUUCAGCAAGGUUAACAACGUUGCACCUCGAGCUUCCCGUCUCAAAACAACACCUUCAGACCCUCCUGCUUGGUUAGACCCUCCUGCUUGGUUAACCAACCUUAUUACAAGCGCAUUUAGUAAGCGUCUCUGUGCAUGCCUCGAUAACACUCGACUCGUCUUCCGCGGUCGCAUCGUUCCGCCUGUCAGCAUCCUCAUGUUCUCGCCUCAGAUACCUCCCACUAUAACCGUUGAUCCCACCGACAGCUCUCAGGGUCUUGAUGCCGAGCACAAUGUCGCUCAUUCUCUGACGCGAGGCCUUGGCCACUCUCGCCAGGUCUUUCCGAUUGAUCCCGCGCCGUCAGAUUUCGCCUGGCUCGACGUGUCUUCGGCAGGUGUCGUCAACGAUGUCACCGGUGGCUUCAUGUUCCUGCCGUCCUCUUUCGGCGGCUCGUCCAUCACCGGCAUGGCACCAGGUGCCUCCACCGUCACGAGGUCCCGCGGGGCAUCUUUCGACACGACGCUGUCAAGCAUUCAGAGCCAUGACGACAUAGCCGGCAUCCGGCAGGAUGGAGUCCCCGGCCACUCUUCGUUUAAGCCCGAGUCCCUCGCAGACAUGGUAAGCUCCAAGAGCAUGGCUGAGCUGGAAGCUGUUGGAGGACUUGGCGGCCUGGCUUGCGGUCUGUAUACGGACCUUACCGCUGGCCUAGGCUUAUGCGAGCCAGGGUCCGACAGUUCCGCCGCCGGCUCUUCGCACUCUAGCGACUCUCUCAGCACGCUCGAGGCCAGAAGGGCGGCGUUUGGGUCAAAUCAGAUCCCCGACAAGAAGAUCAGAAGCAUAUUCGACCUCAUGUUGUUCGCGCUGAGCGACAGGGUGUUGAUCCUGCUUUCCGUCGUUGCCGCCAUCUCGCUGUCGGUUGGCUUAUACCAGUCAUUUGGCCAACCACAUGCGCCAGGGCAGCCGCGAGUCGAGUGGGUCGAUGGAUUCACCAUCAUGGCGGCCGUCAUGAUUGUCGUCGUCACUGGGGCGGCGAACGACUACCAAAAAGAGCGGCAGUUUGCCCGGCUGACCAAGAAGAAGGCUCUCCGCGCGGUAGUGGCGAUUCGCUCCGGCAAGCCCAUCGAGGUCUCAGUAUUCGAUGUCCUCGCAGGGGAUGUUCUCCAGCUGAACCCUGGCGACCUCGUUCCGGUAGACGGAAUCUUGAUCUCUGGACACGCCAUUUACUGUGACGAAUCCUCCAUCAGCGGUGAAUCUGAUCAAGUAAAGAAGACGCCAGCAGCAAAGGCCCUUGCAGAUCUGAGGAAAGGCAGGAAUGCAAACGGCCUCGACCCUUUUAUCAUCUCAGGGAGCAAGAUCGUGGAAGGGACUGGUAUUUACUUGGUAACUGCUGUCGGCGUCAAUAGCACUCAUGGCAGGCUGCAAAUGAGCCUAUCGGAGCGGCCUGAGGCCACACCUCUGCAAGAGAAAUUGAGCGGCGUGGCCGACAAGAUUGCCAUAAGCGGUGUGGCCGUGGCUACAGUCAUGUUUCUCGUUCUCAUUAUUAAGCUUGCUGUCAACAUUCCGGGGACGGAUCAAACACCUGUCGAACUCUUGCAGACAUUUCUUCGCAUUUUCAGCGUCUCAAUCACCAUUGUCGUCCUCGCGGUCCCUGAAGGGUUGCCGCUUGCUGUCACGUUGGCACUCUCCAUUGCGGUCACACGAAUGCUCAAGGACAACAAUCUCGUGAGGAUUCUCGCUGCUUGUGAGACUAUGGGCAACGCAACAACGGUAUGCUGCGACAAGACCGGAACGCUUACGAUGAACAAGAUGAGGGUCACCAGGGGUAUUCUGGGCAUAAGCGGCCACUUUUCUGACGCCGAGAAUCGAAGACUGAGCAGUUCAUCACCACAAGCUGCGUGCAAUUCCGACGACGAAUCUCUUCUAGAUGGACUGUCAACAUUACCCGUGGAUGACCAAGCCAUGUCGCUCGCGAACCUAUGCUCGAUACUUUCGCCAGACUUGCGCGACAUCAUGGUGAAAUCCAUUGCCGUGAACUCCACCUCAUUUGAACAGGACGAAGAUGGCAGUCUCGUAUUCAUCGGCUCCAAGACGGAAGCAAGCUUGCUUGCGUUUGCUAGAGAAUGGCUGGGCAUGGGUCCCCUUCAGGAGGAACGUGCGAAUGCACAGGCAGUGGAAGUAUAUCCGUUCGACUCGACCAGGAAAUUCAUGGCCACCGUGACGCGGCUGCCAGAUCAGAAGUACCGCAUUUACGUCAAGGGGGCGCCGGAAGUGCUCCUGAAGUAUUGCACCAACGUCAUGUCAGACGCCGCAUCGUCACUGGAUCAAGACGUUCCCGUAACCGAGGAGCGGCGUGACUUAUUGCUAAACACCAUUCAAGAAUACGCCUCCCAAUCGAUGCGGGUCCUCGGAGUUGCGUAUAAGGACACGCCACAUUGGCCACCCCUUGGGUAUGCCCCAGACGGGGUUCCGACUGAGCAGAUUCUUGCCGACACGACGUUGCUGGCGGUGUUGGGCAUCGAGGAUCCACUCAGACCGUGUGUCGCCGACGCCGUUGCAAAAUGCCAGGGUGCCGGCGUUGUCGUGAGGAUGGUUACGGGCGACAAUGUUCAGACGGCCCGUGCAGUUGCGACACAAUGCGGUAUCCUGGCCGACGACGGGCUAGUUAUCGAAGGCCCAGCGUUCAGACAGCUAUCGGACACGGAGAUGGAUCAAAUUCUGCCGCGUCUGCAAGUGCUAGCCAGGUCAAGCCCCGAUGAUAAGAAUCUACUGGUGAGGCGUCUGAAGGAGCUUGGCGAAACCGUGGCCGUGACGGGCGACGGCACCAACGACGGGCCGGCGCUGAGGGCUGCCGACGUGGGGUUUUCGAUGGGCAUCUCCGGGACGGAGAUUGCCAAGGAAGCCUCCUCGAUAGUCCUCAUGGAUGACGACUUCUCUUCAAUUGUGAAAGCGAUACAGUGGGGCCGCACCGUCAAUGAUGCGGUGAGAAAGUUUUUAAACUUCCAACUCACCGUAAAUAUCACAGCAGUCGCUGUCACCUUUGUCUCCGCGGUCAUUAGCGACAAGGAGGAGUCCAUCUUGACACCUGUUCAGCUACUAUGGGUGAAUCUCAUUAUGGAUACAUUCGCCGCGCUGGCCCUAGCAACGGAUUCGCCAAGCCCAACAGUCCUCGAGAGGCCACCGCACCGGAAAUCCACACCGCUCAUAUCGACAACCGGAUGGAAGUUGAUCAUCGGACAGGCGGUAUACCAGCUUGUCGUUAUUUUGAUUUUGAAUCUCAGAGGUGCUCAGGUUCUUGGAUUGCAACCAGAAGAGAUGGUGACGCUUGAAACGCUCGUAUUUAACGUCCUUGUGUGGAUGCAAUUGUUCAAUCUCUACAACAAUCGCCGCCUCGACAAUGGACUCAACGUCUUCGAAGGCAUCAUGGACAACUAUUACUUCAUCGCCAUCAACAUAGCAAUUGCUGUAGGCCAGUUUCUCAUAGUACACUUUGGCGGAAGCGCGUUGUCAGCUACGCAGCUCUCCGCCAAAGAGUGGGCGAUAUCGCUUGUCCUGGGCUUCCUCUGCAUACCAUUGGGUGUCUUGCUCCGGCUAAUUCCAGAUGAGGCAAUUAAACAUCUCUUCGACUUCAGGCGAUAUACCAUGUGGGGCACCCGACCAAGAGAGCGAGUAAACGCACAUACGGACGGGACAGCAUGGUCGACGGCUCUCCGUCGCGUUCGCUGUGAGCUUCGCACGAUUCGGCAACCCCGGAGCUCCCGGCUGCAGCGCCUACGAUCCGAGAUUAGCGACUUGGCUAUCUUGGGCAUGCGUGGAGGGUGGGCUCGCCACAGUGCAGAGGUAGACGAGACAUCUCCACUUUUGCAACCACAGGCGAGUGACCGAGUUCUAUCUCGGCAGAGCUCUGUAUGUCGGCCGUCUGUCAUCAUGGCGGGAUUGGUAGCUGGUGGCGUGGCUGGGUGGCCAGACAACAAUGCUCGAUAACGUUUCCUAGAGUCGGUCUUCGAUGUUGAACUAAAAAAUCAUGAGCAUUGCGGCCAUAUGUCGGCGAGAUUCGCGAAAUGUCUCGCCCUCCAUAUGGUUGGGAACAAGUAAGUGCACCACAGGUUUCGCAGUGGGCUUGGAGCGUGAUACCAUUUCUGCAGAUGCAUCCAGGGCUGGCAAUGUAAAGUACCCAACUUAGAUCUCAAAUCAUCCACUUCCU